AUGGCCAGGUUCGUGGAACCGCUGGUGGUGGGGCGGGUGAUCGGCGAGGUGGUGGACCUGUUCGUGCCCUCCAUCUCCAUGACCGUCGCGUACGGCCCCAAGGACAUCAGCAACGGCCGCCUCCUCAAGCCCUCCGCCACCGCCGCGCCGCCGCUCGUCCGCAUCUCCGGCCGCCGCAACGACCUCUACACGCUGAUCAUGACGGACCCGGAUGCGCCUAGCCCCAGCGACCCCACCAUGAGGGAGUACCUCCACUGGAUAGUGACCAACAUACCAGGGGGAACAGAUGCAACAAAAGGGGAGGAGGUGGUGGAGUACAUGGGCCCGCGGCCGCCGGUGGGGAUCCACCGCUACGUGCUGGUGCUGUUCGAGCAGAAGACGCGCGUGAACGCCGAGGCGCCCGGGGAGCGCGCCAACUUCAACACCCGCGCGUUCGCGGCGGCGCACGAGCUCGGCCUCCCCACCGCCGUCGUCUACUUCAACGCCCAGAAGGAGCCCGCCAACCGCCGCCGCUAG